AGGGAGAUUAACUCUCCAGCACACAACUGUUGCUCUAAUCCGUCCUGAGAGGAUAGGCUUAGCAAAACUACGAGUCUGACAAGACACUGCCAUAUUGAUUGUGCUUUUAUACCUGUUUAUACGUUAAAAUAUUACUUAGCAGUCUGAAAUAGUCGAACCAGUGAGGGAUAAGAAGAGAAGCCCUGCUAAUGCCCAGCUGAGGUUUGGCUCAUUAAGGAUAUGUGUUUUAUUCUCAUCAUCGGUGUCCCCGUCUGACGACGGAGCGCUCUUGCCAUCUUGAACAUUUUGUAUUAACUGAAAGCCCACCUAUUUGAACGGUAGUAGGCCCACCAACACAGUGCGGCAGGAUGAAGGACCGCCUGGCCCAGCUGAAAGAGAAGACGGAUACAGGGCCCGACGAUGUGGAGAUCCAGGUGGAAAAUAAAGAAUUUAUGGAUGAGUUCUUUUCUCAGAUCGAAGAGAUUCGCACCAGUAUUGAUAAGAUUGAUGAGAAUGUGACUGAGAUAAAGCACCUGUAUUCUGUCAUCCUCUCUGCACCUACAUCAGAUCAGAAGACACAAGAUGACAUGGAAGCCAUCACCAAUGAGAUCAAGAAACUAGCCAACAAUGCUCGCAACAAGCUCAAAAGCAUUGAAAGAAGUUUGGAGUCCAAUGCAGAAGACAGAGUUUCAGCUGACAUGAGAAUAAAGAAGUCUCAGCAUGCUAUCCUAGCAAGAAAGUUUGUGGAAGUCAUGACCAAGUACAAUGAAGCUCAAGUGGAGUUCAGAGAGAAGAGCAAGGGACGCAUUCAGAGACAGCUAGAGAUCACGGGUAAAACCACUACUGAUGAGGAGCUGGAGGAGAUGCUGGAUGGUGGAAAUGCAGCCGUUUUCACAGCAGGGAUCAUGGACUCAGGCAUCUCCAAGCAGGCCUUGAGUGAAAUUGAAGCGAGACAUAAAGACAUCAUGCGGCUGGAGAGCAGCAUUAAGGAGCUGCAUGACAUGUUUGUGGACAUCGCCAUGCUGGUGGAGAAUCAGGGCAGCAUGAUUGACAGGAUUGAGAGCAACAUGGACCAGUCAGUGGGCUUUGUGGAGCGAGCAGUGGCAGACACCAAAAAGGCAGCCAAGUUCCAGCAGGAAGCACGCAGGGUGAAGAAGUCAGCUGCCCCAAAAAUCCAACUGUUCUGAAGUCUGAGUCAUCAAUCAAGAGACGGUACCGCAGGCUGACAGGCUCUCUGUCCCUUCCCUCUUUUUUAUCUUGAAAUUUUCUUCAAACUGUUUUUUUUUCUUGUUUGCAUUUUUUGUUGUCGUAAAAUUUUGAUUGACU